AUGUUGAAUUUGUUUGUGUUUCCUCCUCCAGAUGCUCCACAGCUUCCCUUUGUGUCAGUGAGUCCCUCUGCUGAGAUAGUGGAGGGCAGCUCAGUGAAUCUGACCUGCAGCGGUGAUGCUAACCCAGCAGCUAACUACACCUGGUACAAGGAGAAUGAAGACUCACCAAAAGCUGUAGGACCGGUCUUCAACAUCACUGACUUCAGAGCUGAACACAGUGGGAAUUAUUCCUGUGAAGCUCAGAACAUAAUGGGACGUCAGAACUCCACCUUACAUCUGAGCAUUGUGUCGGUUCUAGAUAAAUCAACAGUAAUAAUGAACAUCAUCAGGUUGACUCUGCCUGCUGUGAUGCUGAUUCCUCUGCUUCUCUUGACUCUGUGGAGCAGGAAGAAGAAAACUCUGAGCUCCACCUGUGACCCAAAUGAACGUGUGGAGGUGAUAGAGCUGGACUCUGGUGUUGAGUACGAGAACGUCUCAGCCGUCGCUGCAGCACAGGCAGAAGACAUGGUGUGAAGUCCAGAGAGAUGCAGUGUAACCAGAGGAGGGACUCGAGAGUGAGGCUGUGGAGGGUGUAGAGGAAGUGGAAACAUUUACCUUUAACUGUUUUUAAAAGUUUUCAUGUUGACUUUAAAUCAUUGCUUUAACUAUGUACGCUUCUUUAUUCUUGAAAAGUUAUAUUAUUCUUGAAAUGACUUCUUUAAUCUCUGUUUGCUCUUCUAGAGUUUCACUCUUAAAGUUUAUCUUUUGUAAAUAUUGA